AUGACAGCCCAUGUGGAUUCUCCAGCGCCAACAAGGGAUGGGACAUCACGUUCAUCCGUGGAAAAGCCUCCAAAGGCAGGCAGCGAUGAAACCACCAGUACACCAGAACAGGCGGGUGGGCUGAGAAGCUAUUUCAGAAUCUUUUCAUAUACCGACACGGUGGGCUGGGUUCUCAAUGUUCUCGCCUUGAUCGGAGCCAUUGGCGCAGGCAGCGCUCUGCCCUUGAUGGAUAUACUGUUUGGGAAGAUGAUCACGAACUUCAAUAGCCUCGCCACCGGUUCAGAUCCCCCAGAUAAGUUUCGUUCGGCACUGAAUAAGUUCACACUGUACUUUGUUUAUCUCUUUAUCGGCAAAUUUGUGCUAGUUUAUGCCUGGACAUUGUCGUUAUCUGUCUCCGCGGUGCGAACUACCAAAUCGCUACGAAUAUCCUUCUUGACACACCUACUGCGGCAAGAUAUUGGCUACUUCGAUUCCAACGAGAGUGGCUCUUCCGUUGUGCAACUGACGACAAAUGCCAACCUAGUCAACCAAGGGAUCUCAGAGAAGCUGGGCUUCGCGGUGCAGGGCACAGCCACCUUUGUGGCGGCAUUCGUUGUAGCCUUCGUCGUGCAGUGGAAACUAACUCUAAUUACAAUCUGUAUCGCUCCUGCGAUCCUGAUUGUGACGUCCAUCUGUGCCGCCAUCCUCGUCAAGCAGGAGAACCGAAUUCUUCAUGUGAACUCCAUCGCUGGGUCUCUGGCCGAGGAAGUCCUUGCCAGCAUGAAGACCGUGCACGCUUUUUCCGCCUUUUCUAAGUUGACAACCAAAUAUGAUGACCAGGCCAAGGAAGCGAAGCGCCUGGGCCUUUCACAGUGUCUGAACAUGGCGAUACUAUACUCAGCGGAGUUUUUCUGUGUUUAUGCCGGAUAUGGCCUGGCCUUCUGGCAGGGAGUUCGUAUGUAUGCGAAGGGUGAGAUUGAUGAGCCGGGGAAAAUCAUCACUGUGAUCUUUGCUGUCAUCGUGGCUGCGACGGCAAUGACACAGAUCGCGCCGCAGAUUAUGCAAGUCACCAAGGCAGCGUCGGCCGCACAAAGUCUGUGGGAAGUGAUCGAUCGUGAAUCUCCAAUUGACGGACUAUCUCUGGACGGCGAACGGCCAGACAAGUGUGAGGGGAAUAUCGAAUUCUCAAACGUCUCUUUUUCAUAUCCGACCCGGUCCCAGGUCACGGUUCUCCAUGAUUUCACAUUAUCAAUCCCCGCCAAUAAGACAACGGCUUUGGUUGGGCCCAGUGGGUCGGGUAAAAGCACAGUGACUGGGCUGCUCGAGAGAUGGUAUAAUACGCAGGACGGCGCCAUCACACUUGACGGCGUAGACAUCAGGCAACUCAACAUCCAAUGGCUGAGGACCAACAUUCGCAUUGUUCAACAGGAGCCUACACUGUUCAAUGCCACGAUCUUCGAAAAUGUGGCAUACGGCCUGGCAGGAACGGAUUAUGCCAAUGCCUCAAAGCAGGACCAGUUCGAGCGGGUCAUUACAGCCUGCAAAGCUGCCUACGCUCAUGAUUUCAUAGAGACCUUGCCCGAAAAGUAUGAUACGCAGGUCGGAGAGCGCGCCACAAUGUUGUCCGGAGGCCAGAAGCAGCGUAUCGCGAUUGCCCGGAGUAUCGUUUCAAAUCCAAAGGUGUUAAUCCUCGACGAAGCUACAAGUGCAUUGGAUCCACAGGCUGAAAAGAUCGUGCAAGAGGCGUUGGACAACGUUUCUGCCUCACGAACGACCAUCACGAUCGCACACAAGCUGUCUACGAUUAGGAAGGCAGACCAAAUAGUGGUCCUAUCGCAAGGGCAGAUCAUUGAGAAGGGAACUCAUGAUGAACUCAAGGCCGCAGGCGGAACUUACUAUCGGCUCAUCAAGACACAGGAUCUUGGUACGGUCAAAAAUGAUGGGACUCAGCCAGAGAAGGGAGAGAAUGAAGUACCUACCGGCAUCGUCCCGGUCACUUCAGGGCAGCAUGGCCAUAACAAAGAAGCAAGGCUUGUAGAAAGAUUGCAGGCUCCUUCUGGACGUGGCUAUAGUCUGAUUCGGUGUCUGGCCGUUCUUCUCCAGGAGCGCCGCGAGCUAUGGUUUGAAUUCAUUGUUAUGUUAGUUACCAGCACUGUAGGAGGAGCCACUUACCCGAUCCUUGCGUUUCUAUUCGCGAAAGUUUUGGAUGUCUUCCAAAUAGAAUCCACGGGCAAGAUGGUGGAAAGGGGGGAUUUCUAUGCCCUUAUGUUUUUUGUGGUUGCUCUUGUCAUCUUGCUUGUCUAUGGAAUUCUGGGCUGGGUUACAACUAUAAUGGCCCAUGUAAGUGUCCCCCAGCUGCCAUGGCCAGUAGCUCUGCUCACCACCACGCAGUGCGUUGUGUAUACGUACCGUCUUGAAAUGUUCCGCAGUUAUAUCCGGCAAGAUAUGACCUUUUAUGACCAACCUCAACAUACGACCGGCUUCUUGGUCUCUGAACUCGCUGCGAAGCCCACUAGCUUGCAAGAGCUGCUAGGCUUCAACGUGGCAGUUAUCGUCAUUGCCCUAGUGAAUAUCAUCUCAAGCUCUGUGCUAUCUAUCUCAGUUGGAUGGAAACUGGGGUUGGCUGUCCUCGCAGGGGCUAUGGUUCCAAUGGUAUUCUGUGGGUACCUCAGAAUUCGCCUGGAGUUCCGACUGGAUGAUGCCACCUCACACCGAUUCUCUGAAAGUGCAGCUUUAGCUGGUGAGGCAGUGUCUGCGAUUCGCACUGUUGCAUCUUUAGCAAUUGAACGAGUGAUUUUAGAGAAAUACAGUGAUAAGUUGGCGGGCAUUGAGCGAAAGUCCAUUAAGUCGUCAAUUUGGACAAUGUUCUGGCUAGCUCUCACACAGUCCCUCUCAUUACUCUCUAUGGCAUUAAGCUUUUGGUAUGGAGGUCGCCUAUUAUCGACAGGAGAGUACUCCAGUACCCAAUUAUACAUCGUUGUCAUCGGAGCUAUCCUAUCUGGCGAAGGGGCGGCGUCAUUCUUCAUGUUUACCACCAGCUUUACCAAAUCACAGGCAGCAUGCAACUACAUUUUCUGGCUCCGUUCCCUACAGCCUGAUGUCCAAGACGGAUCGUCCGACAACGUGUCCGGAGGAGCAAAGGAUACGGCGGCCCAUGUGGCGUUGCAGGACGUAGCAUUCCGGUACCCUACUCGGCCCACUCGGCCCGUGUUAAAUGAUAUCAACAUUGAGAUUAACCCUGGCCAAUUCGUGGCUUUUGUCGGACCCUCAGGCCAUGGAAAGUCCAGCCUCAUCUCGCUCCUAGAGCGGUAUUACAAUCCAACGUCUGGAAGCAUCCAACUAGACGGUUCAGAUAUCCGUGAUAUGUCGCUUGCUUCGUACCGCAGCCACUUAUCCCUUGUCCAACAGGAACCGGUCCUCUACCAAGGAACCAUCCGCGAAAAUAUCGCAUUAGGCCUUGAAGAAGAGGCGACCGAGGAACGGAUCUACGAGGCCUGCCACCAGGCGAAUAUCUUUGACUUCGUUUCCUCCUUGCCAGAUGGAUUAGCGACGUCAUGCGGUUCGCGAGGAAGUCUUUUCUCUGGUGGUCAACGGCAACGUAUUGCAAUCGCAAGAGCGCUUAUCCGGCGACCUCGUCUGCUGUUGCUGGAUGAGGCUACGUCUGCGUUGGAUACCGAGAGUGAGAGGAUCGUGCAGGAGGCCUUAGAUCAGGCCAAAGAUGGUCGGACAACGAUUGCGAUCGCACACCGCUUGUCAACUAUCAAGCACUCAGACCGGAUCUUCGUGUUGGUUGGAGGUAGCGUUCGGGAGCAAGGGACUCAUGAGGAGCUGCUCCAGCGGCGGGGGAUCUACUAUGAGAUGUGUCUGGGGCAGGCCCUGGAUAAAGCGGCUUAA